GCACGUUAACUUCCGGGGCAAGAGAUUAUAAGCCAAAUGUUUUGUUUUUGCAGUCAUACACAAGUUCAGCUACUUAGCUUUAAAAAGUAAUUCUACGCAUGUCACUUUUUAGUCGUCUGUCGUAACAUACACAUGGAUGCAUUACACAGACACCGCUCACUUUACAAGGGAACGACUCCGCCAUGGAAAGAGACGUAUCGCAAACGCUGUGUGGACAGGCUAAAAAACAGCCGGUCGAGGCUGCUGGAGAAGUAUCGUCAGAUGGGAGAGAGUUCCGGCGCCUCCAUUAUUGUCCAGGAGGUGAUGGAGGAGGAGUGGAGCGCGCUGCAGUCAGAGGACCGGAGACUGCCCUCUCUGUGGGGUCCACACGGCGUAGCCGAGAUUUUUAGUGUCAUGAAAGAAUAUGAUGAACUAGCAAUACUGGAAGAAAUCCAACAGGAGCUCAUGUCUCAUGAAAUGUCCAUCAUUGAAGAGUAUGAGAGGAACCUGCAGUUCGAACAGCAGUACAUAUCUUCUGUUGUUGAGGGGAUGGAUGAGACGCAUAUCAUAUGUCCCAUAUGUCACAUGAGAAACUUGAACAUCAAUAGCUAUUUCAUCUCUUGCCCCUGUGGACUCUACAUUAACACUAAGAAUCAGAACAUCACCCGUGACAUCCUACGGAAUCUCCUGGAGUCCAGAGUGUCCGAACACAUGGAGGACUGUCUUUACAAUCCGGUUUUCUCUGUAACUCCCAACACAGACACCAGCUCUCCUAACCUGAUGAUAAGCUGCAAGGUCUGUGACUACCUCUCCAUUGUCCUAUGAAAGAAGAUGCCGCUUGAGUGACUUCAAUUGCAAUAUAUAUGGGUUUUUAUGUUGUCUAUGUUUGUGAAAUAAAGGGUAUUUUUGAAAUUCAA